UCACAGUCAUUGUCAGGCAGCAAGUAAGAGCGAAGCAGAGAGUUCCUCCCCAGCCAGACCGAACCAAGAGCGUGUGAGCGCAAACUGGGAUGAGUAAAUGUACCGGACGACUUAGCUGUUGAUACAGCCAGCAAAAGAGAGCGUGUGCACGAGACUGAGAGUGUGCACGAGAGAAAAAAAAGGCAAAAAAGAAGCAGAGAAGAAAACAGGAGGAUACUACAAGUCCAACUAUGCUGUGCUGCAUAAGAAGAACCAAACCGGUGGAGAAAAAUGAGGAUGCAGACCAGAAGAUUGAGCAGGAUGGCACCGCCAACAAACCCGAGGACAACAAGGCCCACAAGGCAGCCACCAAAAUACAGGCUAGCUUCCGUGGACACAUAACUCGGAAAAAGAUGAAAGACGGAGAGGAGGAGAAGGAAGAAAACAGUCCUGUUGCAGAUGAGGCAAAAGAGAGAGAAGAGGAGACAAAGAAAGCAGAGGGAGAUGAGACACCUGCUAAGCAGGAUGAAGCUGCAGGAGAGGAGGCGAAGGAAGAGUUAAACCAAGCCAAAAGCCCUGCAGCAGACAAACCAGCUAACUCUCCGGCAGCUGCUGUCUCUCCUGCAGGCGCAGCCACUUCUCCUGUGGCGCCGGCUCCAUCUGCUCCUACAACUGCCACGGCGCCCUCUGAACCUGAGAAAGAGGAGCCGAAGGAGAAGCCCAAAGAGGUGGAGGCUCCAGCUGCAACAACCAAGAGUCCCACCACAGCCACAGCUGAGGAGAAGAAGGAGGAGGAGAAAAAGUGGGAGGAGAAGAAGGAGGAGGCCAGACAAGCCGAUGUGCCUGCUGCUGUCAGCCCAACAGCUGAGGAAGAACCUAACCAAACAAAAGAUCAACAAGAUGCUGCAGAGGAGUUGAAAGCAGUUGAGGCUGCUCCUGCUGUGGAGCCCCCUGAGUCCAAGGAUGAAUAAGACAAAGUCAAACCCUGUGAAAGCAAAAUGAAGAGUAUGAAGAAAAGCGCAGAAACACAGCUCUACAAACGUGGCCCUUUGCCUUCUCCACGUGAAGGCCACCAGUUUCUAUUUGUUUGUCAUCUUUUCGUGUGGCAAUGAUUUUCCCAUGUUGGGGGGAGGGGGGGGGGGGGGAGUUUCCAGCAUGACGUUUUUUGGCUCAAGGUAAAACCAUAAGGAGGAAAUGGUGUUGAUCGUUAGGAAAAGAAAAAAUCUUUAGUUUGAUGCUGCAGAGCUGGAAAACUUCAUUUGGUACACUUUUUACCGAAAGUGAAACCGUCAUGGAAGAACUGCAGCGGACUGGAAAACCCCGUUUAGAUCGUGAUGCCAAUGCACAAGAUUUGUAAGCAUUGCAAUGCCCUUCUUUGAAGUCCAUGUUUCAAAUGCAACUUGUUUUUUGUUUGUUUGUUGUAAAAACAAGACCGCGCCGGUUCUAAGUUUGAACUCUAGUUUCCACCAUCAGACAAAUGUGAGAACAAAAUGUCAAAGUAAAGUAUUGACUUGUCUGAAAGAUAACAGAAUGUAUAUUUAAAAUUGUAAAUUUUCCAGUCCUUAAUCUGAGCAUUAUUUCUUGAACAAAUCUACCACUUAUUCUGUUCUGCUUGACUCAUCCAAGCUUGGUUUACUCCUCUUUUACAAACUAUGUACCUACAUUUACAGUAAAGGACCUGUUUUCAAUGAAAUACCCAUAGCAAACCAUAGAAAUUGAUGUUACUGGCUGGCUCAUAUGUUCAGCCAACCAAACGGGGCAAAAGCAGCACGAACCAUUGAACCAAAUGCAUGAUGGGAACUCUCCCUUCGAGAGGAACGCAGUCACAAAAUUCAAGAGGAUGUGGCAGCUUCUUUUUGAUGUCUUUGGUGUUGUUAUGGCAGUUUAUAUGAAUUGGGGAAGAAGACAAAAAAUCUUGCACCGAUAUUCUGGAAAAAAAAGGAAAAAAGUCUAGAAGCAAAAAAACUGAGCAGAACAAACAACAAAAAGAGAGCGAAUCAUUUUCUUAUGUUCCCAGUGAGUGCAAUGUCCAGUUUCAACUUUAUCAAGGAGUUCAAAUGCUUGUGAGAAAAAAGUAUGAAAAAAAUUCAAAUGGUUUCAAUGUCUGUUUUCAAAAAUAAAGCAAAUGUGCCAAUUAC